GAAGCGUGGUACACAUCAGGAAAGGGAAUUCAUUCUGCUACAGGAUGGUUGGAAGAACGACUCCGAAAUGUAAGGAGAAAGAGUGUUAAACACCGUCCAACUGAAAAAGAUCUGAAUACAGCUUCAACCUCAUUAACACACCUGACAACAUCUUUACCAGGUUGAUUUCGUUCAUUUAAAAUUAUCCUAUUUGGGGUUAAUUUCCAUGUUGGAUAUAUUAAAUUGUGUCUUCAUCUGUUUUCGAAUAGAUCCUGUUUUGAAUGAAUCAGACCAUAAUGGGAUGAAGGAGUGGAUGAAAGCAAACUUAGAACCUUUAUCAACUUUAAAGAACUAUAUGGAAAAAACGGUUUUAAACCGAGCAGAAUGGAUAAGGAAAACCCCAGACCUUCCAAUGCGAGAAGUUAUGAAGGAAUACCCACGUCUUUUCGAUACCCCUGGCAUGGUACUGUAAAAUUUUGAAACAUUCCUGGAAUUAUGCAUAUACAUUAUUUAUACAAAUUCGUUUUUAUUACUAAUAUUUUAGGUGGAAAUAGACUUUAGAACACUAUACGCAGAUGUUGCAGAGAACCUCUUUCUGCGAUUGACACCACCAAUUGUGGAGAAGAUUAUUUCGUAUGCAGACACACAAGCAGAGAAGUGGACGACGUACUUGCACAUGAUUCCAAGGAAUUUGAAAUCUGGUAAGAAAAGUAUAAUAACUAGCUAGUAUAGGAAAUGGUUUCGCAUCAAAGGUCUAAAUUCAGUUUUCAAAUUGAAAGCAGUGGUUCAAAAUAACCUUUAUAGAUGAAGAGAGAAAAAAUGCAGCAAUUGGCCUUCUUCCAUGCGUGUUCCCAACUGGAAGAAAGAAUAGAAAACGAUGUACAAUUGAUGAAGCUUUGAGUGCUUUUAUCGAUUGCCAACCGGUAUGCAUUAUCAUAUGUCAUUUAAAGUAUGAUAACUCGGAACAUUGCGUAUAAAGGUCUAAAAUAUUUCUCAUAUUUAGGUUGGUACAAACAUGCCAAAAUAUUUAGAAGAAGCUCCAAGAUGCCCGUUUGUUUUGGCAAUCGGUAAUCGCUACAACCCAACACAAGUUUUUGUUAUCAUCGAAGGCCAGGGCUUGGAGCAGCCUAAUCUUACGAAGGCAAUUGAUGUUUGUUUUAAAGUAUUUUACAUCCUGGAUAUUAAUUAUCCUUGGCAAUGCUCUUCGUCGUGGGAAUUCAUACAAAAAGUUCUCUAUGGCAUCGAAGAUAAGGUGAAAGGAAAGACAACCCCAGCUGUUGUUGCAAUGAGAGCAGCUUUAAAGUAA